AUGAACUUGCACGACCCCAUCCUCCAGGCUGAUUCGAGUUCCUGGUUUCUAGGGGCAAACCUUGACGUGGAUGCGUUAGACUUUUCGCUUUCUUCGGCAAUAUCUGAGUGGGCUCAGAUUCCACCUAUGCCAUCAGUGUCAAAUCUCGGUGACCCUGGGACGAUCUCUACACCAACACCUACACUACCUAGAGCUAUGCCGGCUGGGGUUCGCAGCUCCCCGGCAGAUAGCGUUAAGGAAAAGUGGUUUACUCGUUUAUCUUCUUCAAGGAAUGGAGGCCCAGAUGGCCUAGCUUCUAACAGUCGUGGUGGAUUGUUUGGCCAGGGAAACAUUGUCGCAGAUGAAUCUUACCGAGCCGACCUGUCACAGAGACUCCAACCGCGAAUGCAUGACGGAGCACUACCAUCGUCCGAACAGCUGAACUUGUUUGCGAAACUCUACUUUAGCCGAUUUCACCCGCUGUUCCCCGUCGUCCAUGCUCCAUCAUUUAAACCAACUCUCGAAAAUUCCCUACUGUUUAUAUCAAUUUGUUCUGUGGGAAGUCUUUUUGUCGGGUCGUCGUAUGCUAUUGCACAGGGAGUACAGCUAUUUGAGAGGCUCAACAAAGCCAUACUGGCCUCGUGGGAAUCUAUAUUGGCACACAGCUGCUCUGAUGCACUUUCUAUGGUUCAGGCGGGCAUACUCGGUCAAACAUAUGCCGUCCUAUCCGGCCGCCCUAAGGACCUUGUGUUAGCAGAUGUUUUGCAUGGGACGGUUAUGGCAUGGACCCGCGAAUCUAACAAGAAUGCACUGCCGAGCCCGAUCCGCCCCGACGAUAUGACCUGGAAUGGAACCAACGUGGAUGAGCAAUGGAGUCGGUGGAUUGAUCAUGAACAGCGAAGACGAGUAGAGAUUGCGCUGAACAUACACGACGCGGAACUUGCCAGCUUGUUACACCACGAGCCUAUUCGCAAACACCGACUCUCGCAGUAUCCACAUCUCGCAUCCGAUAUCUUGUUCAUGGCACCGACCGCGACUAGUUGGGCACAGCAUUACAAACAAUCAUCGGAGCACUCCGCUUUCCCAUGCCCUUUUGACGACCCUUUACAGGACGCCGGUGGGGAUUCUAAAUUUGGGGCCUACGGAGUUCUCGAGAGUAUCCAUGCAUCUGUGAUCGAAGCUCGCCAUUCAAAUUCAUUUAAUGAGCAUGAGUCAAAACGAUUAUCAAAUCUGCUGAUGCGCUGGUGGAGGAGAUACAGCGUCCACUUUGUCGAGGACGAAGAUGAGGACCCUUUUAGUUUACCUGUUCUAUGGCACUCAGUGUACAUGGCCAUUUAUGCAGAUAUGGACCUACUUGAACGAGCUAGCGGCCGUGACGGCAAACCUGCUGCUACUACGGCACAUCUCCUGGUCCGUUCUUGGGCAAACUCGCUAGAUGCGAGUAAAUGCUUAGCUCACGCAUUGCUCAUUCAGCGCUACCUAGAGAGGAUGCGAGUUUCAUCAGAGCCCGCAAUUCAUGUACCCCGUGCUUUAUUCCACGCAGCCCUUUCAUGGCUCUGUUUUACUCGAAUUGGAGGCCAGCAAGCGAUUAACUUGAAGGCAUUCGAUGCUCCAGAAAUCCAACUACUGGGCAGUGAUACAGCGCUCCACGAAGCACAGGGUCAAGCAUUUGGAGACUCUACAUUCGCAGAUGUUAAUCACUUACAUCGACUUAUCGACCUUCUAAAUCGGGUAGGGCGAUGGGCCAUCUCGUCUUCGUUCUCAUCUGUGCUGUGCACAGCCAUAGAAGGAUCAGAUACAUAG